AUGCCCAUCACAAUUCUCAGUCCUCAGCCUCCUACACCUAGGAGACCGCAAGCAGUCGCUGCUGCAAACAAUGACUCCGACUCCGACUCUGAAGGUGGCGCUGGCGUAGAUGCCGAUGAAAUUUUCACACCGGGUACCGUAAUUACAUCUAACUCUCAAUGGAUGCGUGGACACGGCACAUAUAUUCCUGCCGACUCAUCUGAAAUCACAUCGUCUCUUGCUGGUACUCUCACAAAGACAAACAAGCUCCUCUCGGUGCGCCCUCUUCGCGCUCGCUACACCCCAGAGAUCGGUGACCUUGUCGUCGGUCGCAUCGUCGAAGUGCAGGCCAAGCGAUGGCGCGUUGAUGUAGCUGCAUCCCAGCUUGCUAUCCUCCAGAUCUCAGCCAUCAACUUGCCUGGUGGAAUUCUCCGUAAGCGUACCGAGACCGAUGAGCUGCAGAUCCGCAGCUUCUUCGCCGAAGGUGACCUAGUCGUCGCAGAGGUUCAGCAACUGCAUCAGGACGGUGCCGCGAGUCUUCACACCCGAAGUUUGAAGUACGGCAAGCUUCGAAACGGUGUAUUUGCCGCUGUUACUGGUACCGGUGGCGGCGGCGGUGUUGUCCGCUCCAAAAGGCAGGUCUGGACAAUGGACGUUGCCAACGCCGGCGGCAAGGUGGAUGUUCUUCUAGGAGUUAAUGGUUACAUCUGGAUCAGCAAGCACAUCGAGAGCGAGACGGCCGCUGAGGCUGCUGGUAUCAACCGCAUGGAGGAGACUGUCAGUAGCAAGGUCUACUCAAGCCAGAACGACCCCAUGGACGUAGCAACUAUGCGUGAGAUUGCGAGAAUUCGCAGUGUCAUUUUGGCUCUGGUUGAGAACGGGCUGAAGGUGGACGAGGAUACAGUGACCAGAGGGUACGGCGAAGCUGUGGAUCAGGCAAGAGAUUCGACUGACGAUGGUCUGUACCUGGGAGGCGAGAAGGGACGACGUCUAGCAACUGCUGUGGCUGGUCACUGA